GAAAGCGAAAGCAUAGCCUAUGACACCUGAAAAAAAAAUUUUUAAUUGUGUGCGUGUGUAAGCAGUGCGUGUGCGGUAUAUGAAUCCCUCAUUGGAGAACCGCUGAUAAUGAGGCUAUUGUGUUUUCUAUGGUUAAAUGCAAUCAUAUGAUCAAGUUUUUUGAAACGGCGGGUCCGCCUCCAACACAGGAGGCUACAAACUUGAACCGAAAGUAGGUUAUGAGUUUUUUCUCAAGAAGAGUCGCUACCUUCGCCUCGAAAGAAGCUGAAAGCUGCUCACUGCUGUGUGGACGCCUCUGAUCUGUCCGCAAUUGCACCUCACCAGACAUUUCAGUGACAAUCCCUCAAGUACAAAGGACAGAUGACAGAGCAGAUACAGCCUCUGCGUCCCUCCAGCACAUUGUCGUAAUGUUGUUAAAUCUUUAUUAAAAUCUCAAGCUGCUGCUUAAGCGACAUGGAGUCUCAAAGUGGACUGAGCAGCAGAUGACCGACCAGACAGGAGUCAGUGAUGGAGGAUCUGUCAGAGAUAAGUGGAGGAACUGGUGCAACCGGUGGUCAAGAAGAGGAUUCUUCUUUGUAGGAUGGUCAGAGACAAUCUUAAUAAAACAGUAGUACAGAGCCAAAGACAGAGCCGCACAGCUGAGACACAGAGCCAAAGUCAGUCAUCUGAAGAGCCUGCAAGACACGAACAAGCACAAAGCCAAAAGAGAGUUAAUCCAGAGAGCCAAGAGCCAACAGAGAGGCAACUAGAUUUACUGCACUGGAGCAAAUUAAACUUCGAGGAGGAACCUGAAACCUGGCACCAGUCAUUGACUGGAGCUGAUGCUGAGAGCUUGCCCACACACCUCCGUCCAUUCAGCUGCGCGGCAGAGUAUAAGCUAGUGAAACACACUUACCAGCAGCUCCAACACAGUGGUUACUACUGGGGAUCAAUGACCAUGGAGGAAGCACACGAAAUACUCACACAGGCACCACUGGGCACCUUUCUGAUCAGAGACAGCGGCCAGCCGGAUGUUUUCUUCACUCUGAGUUACCAAAGCGAUGAUGGGCCGACUAGUGUUCGUAUCCAGCUGAACAACCUGCUCUUCAGUCUCUAUGGCAGCCACAGGACUUUUGCUUCACUCUUUGCUCUGCUCACAUAUUACACUGGCUCAUCCUGUAAGUUGACAGCACCCUAUCGCAAGCAGCGUCCGGAGUGCCUGAAGCAGAUUUGCAGGAGGGCUCUUAUACGCACAUAUGGAGCAGAAAACAUGAGCACCUUGCCUGGACUCAGUACUCAAGUUAAAGACUAUGUUCGUACGUACCCUUGUUCUAUAUAGAAACACGUGUGGACAGAGCACCUGUUGCUGGAUUAAUAUGUUGUUUGUAAUAUUAUGAGUAAAAAAAAUUAUCAGUAAUUGUGUUAUGUUAUUUACAAUAACACAAAUACAGCUUGAGUAUUUGAUCUGCAAGUUGUUCAAGGAAUAUUUCCACACAUCAAAAGAGCAUGUGUUAUCAUUUUUUAAUUAAUAACAACGGAAACCCACAUUUAUUAUUGUUGUUAUUAUUAUUUUUAUUUUUAUUAUUUUCAACAAAUCCUGUAUAACUGAUGCACCACUGCCACCAUGAUACAUAUCAGUUUUUAACGUCCGUAAAUGUAAAAUUAGCUGCCUGAUUUGAACGAAGGUACUGUAGUGUUGGUCUCCAUCAACUCCUAAAAUAUUUCUCUAAUGCAUCGUUGCUGGAUGUAUAACUUUCUUUCCAGCUAGAGAGUAGCUACUAUAGGUAACUUUAUCUUCUCCCUGCCUGGCUGCAACGGAAGGGAUUGAUGAGAGCAGCUAAAACUCAAUUAUACUGUAAAUGCUGUAAAAACAAACACCUAAAAGAGGCUCAGAAAGUUCCACAGAGCAGUAGAGUUGGUGAUUAAAUAAAAUAAUGGUUUCAAAUGACCUGUGGUAGAGUUGGUGAUUAAAUAAAAUAAUGGUUUCAAAUGACCUGUGGUAAUGUAAUUCUGUUGUAAUAUAACAGUAUUGAUUAAUGCAGUUUAAUUAUUCAUCAACACUUGAAAACAUUUUACACGUGUACUUAGUAUCUUUAGUCCUGUGGAAGAACAAACAAUCUUACCUGUGUAAGUGGGAUGCUUUGCAAAACUUUGUCCAUGUUGAAUAAAUGAAAAUCUUUUGCCUAGUGUAUUUUAAUUGAAUGUAUGUGAACCCUAGGCUGAAUACUGACCAAGCAAAGUGGGCAACUGCCCUGAGGCCCCAGGCUCUCAGGUAUCCCAAAAACCCCUGGUUGUGUAGAAAAUACUUUCAGGUAAUAAAAGUGUCUUUUAAUUUUUAGCCAUGCUAUUGGCAUGGCUCUAUGGCUGUGUCGGUCUGUCAGUCCACCACUUUGGUCCAGACUGAAACAUCAUGACAAGAAAUGUCAUGACAUUCACGUCUGCCAUAGGAUGAAUUAACUUAGACUUGGUGGUCCCUUAAGGUUAUCUCUAGCACCAUCUUCAGGUCAAAAUUUAAAUUGCCAGGUUAAGCAUGAACAUUCACACAGUUUUGAUUUUUAUCUUCGCCAGGCAUAGGCAUGUGGGUGUGUGUGUGUGUGUGUGUUUGUGUGUGUAGCCUAAUCUGCCAUACUACUGGACCCACCAGCUAAUCUUUUUGUGCACAUUUAUGACUGUAUGCUCAAGGAACUGUCAUGGUUGCAGUGAUUCACAGUUUUUGAAAAACUAUUUUAUUGAUAGAGCCUUGACUUUUGUGUUUUGAGCAGUAUUAUGCCAUUAUAUCAUAUGCAUUACAAUAUAGCAAAAGGCAUUUCCGGCAAUCGGCUAGGCUAAAAGCAAGGUUUAUCUAUUUGCAGUAAAUAUUUUGCCCUAUGUCGUGGUUCAAAACUGUUUCAUUUUGUGUGGUGUGUACUAAAUAAAUAACAAAGUUUAAAUUUAUAAGUUUA